CCAAAGAGAUAAGAGAGAAAAAGGAUCCACACAACCCAAGAGAGAAGAGAGGAAGAGAGCAGUGUGCAGGUUCGUUCUUCAGUGCGUAGUACUGAUUGUUUGAGCCAUAACUCAAGAUUCACUCGUCCAAUUAAGGCGUAUAAGAUACCAAAAGAAAGCUCUCAAGACGAGGAAUUCUUGAAGGUCUGGUUUGCAUCAAUCGGAGUAGUGGAAAGCUUCCAAAUCGUCCGAGCAAAACACAACCUCGCAGAAACGGAAUUACUCUCCUAAAGAAACGAGUUAGCCGGAAAACAACCAUUCUAGGGGCUGUUUUCGUAUCAAUGAUUAGGGGUUGAACUAGCACUUUGAGGAGGCUGUUUAACACUCAUUUAAAAGAAAGGAAUCAGUUCUCAAACCUUCUUGGCCGAGUCUUUGGUCGUUGGAUCCAGAAGGAAAGUUUUAAAGUCAUUUGAGGUGAGGACCGACAUCUAGUUGCUUACAACUUGUAGGUUAUGCAUGAGAUUACCUAAAUGCUUAAAUCAUGUUUUUGUGAAUAAAGAUGCUUGAACAUGAUAUGAAUGAUAAGUAAUGGACUUGAUCAUGAAUUGAAAACAUAUUGAUGAAUAUGGAGUCAUAUGAGAUAGAAGUAUGCUAAUAUGGUAAAUUGACCUUUCCAACUCAUGUAUGAAUGUUAUGUGUAUGUAAAUGUAUAAUUGCAUAAUGAUGCUUAGUAAAUGGGAGGCUGCCACAUAUCUAUUGAUAUGGAGGGGCUACCAUUAAGAAUAAAUGAGUUGUAGGAAUAAUCUUAAUAGUAUUGUGAUGCUAGUUAAGGAUUGUUCUAAAUGUCGAUAGAAUCAAACUUAAGGUUUGAGUUUGUUUGUGAUGAACUUGAAUAAGAUUCAAGUGCCAAUUGUGAUUUCAUGGAGUAGGAGAUCUAUGGUGUAAUAGUAUGAAGUAGGAGAUCUAUGGUGUGAUUGUAUGAAGUAGGAGAUCUAUGGGGUGAAUACAUGAAGUAGGAGAUCUAUGAUAUGAUUACAUGGAGUAGGAGAUCUAUGAUGCGAGUGCAUGAUGAUGUACUCGAGCCGGACUCUAGGAAUGAGAAGUUAUAUUAGGGUUGGACCCUAUGUAUGUCGUGACCAUUAGUCACGGGGUUUGGGAAAUGUUUUGUAAUAAACAUGGGCCUUUGAGCCGACUAUUUGACUUUAUAUAAAGUAAGUAUAUAUUUUGAAGGGGUAAUUUGGGAUUACAGCCUAAAUUAUAUUAUCACCCUAUUUGAGGGUCUUGUGUGUGAAAUACUUGUUGUAUAUCUAUUAGAUGCCUGCCACACCAGUACUUUAUAGCUGUAUAGAGUACUGACCCCUUCGGGGGCGUCCCACCACCAUUUCAGGUUGAGGCUCGAGCUUGCUACCUGUGCCCGUUGCUCAGGUGAUCCUUUGGAGAGAAGACGUGGUUCGUGCUUUCUCCAUUCUGUGUUCAACAAUAUUAAACAUGCUCAUGGAUAUUUUACUACAGAGCCUGCAUGCUCGUGAAUAGCCCUGUGUGUGAAUUAAACAAUGUUUCCGCUGCAUUAUGAAUUACUUAUUAUGGUUGUUUAUGGAUGUUAUGUGUGUGAAUCAUAUUCAAGACGCUUUGUAUGAUAUGAAUGUGUUUGACUUUGGUUGACUAUUCGUAUUGUACGGCGGGUUGUUGACGUGUCCGGGUAGGUCCGGGUAGGUCCAUAAACUUCAUAAUGAAGUCUCAAAAUUCUCUUUUCAAAAUGAUUUUGAAAACCAUGAGCAUAAACGUUUUGUACUUGUAGAGCUUUUGGUACUUGAGUUGCAAGGUCUCUAAUUGUUAAGAUGGUACCCUUAGCAAUUGGUAUGGCAGCAAUUUGAACCAAAUAGUGUCUUAAGUACCGAUCUGUCAAUUUCCAUUUGAUACGAGUCUAACGACUCUUUCCAAAUUUCUUUCAGAAAUGGACCGUGGUGGCAAGGUUACUAGGAGAAACCCGACGGGCCGUGCACCGGUGGAGACUGGGCAGGGCAGCCGUAGGACCUCUAGGGCAUCUAGAGGAGCGGGCCGUGAGGGCCGAUCACAGACCGUGAGCGAUGGUCACGUGAGCACCGAGAGUGAGAGCUGUUGGUCUUACGAGGACUCGACCUGCCAACCGGAAACCGAGCCGGUGGAGACCCCUUAUGAAGGUGAUGAUGAUGAUGUUAGUGACGAGGAGGAAAAUGGCUCCUUGGCAAGAAUUGAGGCACUGCUCCAACAGUACCACUGAGAGCGCGAGGAGAGGAGGGAACGCCGGAGGCGCCGAGUGGGGCAACCUUCGGGUAUGGCUUCGAGAGGAGGAAGCCAUGGUGCUUCUAGAGCCCAUGAUGAACCACAUGGGGGCCAUGGUGAUGGAGGUCCAACCAUAAGGAUCUCAAAAUUCAUCAAAGAGGCAGGAGAUUUGGGGUGCAAAUCUCCUCAAGCAAACCAGCUGGAA